AUGGGCGGCGGCCAGAUGGGCGGCGGCCAGGUGGGCGGCGGCCUGCGGGGCCCGACGCCCCUGGCGCCGCCCUACGCGCCCGGCCUCGGCGGCUGGGAGCCGGGCCGCGGCGACCCGGCGCCGCGCGACGGCGGCGCGUGCGCCGUCUUCUGGGACCUCGCGGGCUGCCGGCCCGCGGGCCCGGACAGCGGGCGCUGCGCGAAGCGGAGCAUCGCGGCGCUCUACGGGCGCAUCGACGUCGCGCGGGCCUACGGCGACCGCGCGUCCGUCCACGGCGGCGUCCGCGCGGGGCUCCAGAACAGCGGCGUGCAGCUCGUCGACACGGGCGCGCACAGCAACGACCGCAGCCCCAUCCUCAUCGACAUGUUCGACUACGCGCUGGGCCGCCCGGCGCCGGCGACGGUCGUGCUCCUCUUAGGGGGCCUCCCGCGCGAGCGGUUCGGCCUCGCGCUGCGGCGCCUCGCGGAGCGGGGCUACCGCGUCGUCCUCGUGCGCCCGGCCGACUCGCCGGCGACGGCCUUCGACGGCGCCUGCCACGCGUCCCACGACUGGGCCCAGAUCCGCCCGUCCGACGAGGCGGACGUCGUCGCCAUGUGCUUCAAGUGCGGCUGGCGCAACUGCCGCCGCGUGCACCCGCGGCGCUGCGCGGCGACGGUCUGCUGCGCCAAGUGCGGCCAGACGAGCCACGACACGCGCUACCACGCCGAGUUCCAGCAGUACGUGUCGCGCCGCGCGUCCGACGGCGCCGCCAAGGCGCCGGCGCCGCGCGCCGCGCCCGACUACGCGGGCGCCUACGACGGCACGGCCUACGACUACCAGGAGGCCUACGAGUCCGCGGCCUACGACGGCGCCGGGACCCGCCGCCUCGGCGCCAACGCGCGCGCCUUCGCGCCGACGCCGGGCGUCGCCGCGCUCACGGCCGCGCUCGACGCCGCGGGGCCCCGGCCGGCCGACGCCGCGCCGCCGGAGGCCGCCGUCGCGGACAUGGUGCGCAGCCUCGACCUCGCGGGCCUCGACGCGCCGCCGGCCGGCGCGCCGCGCCUCGACUACGCGCGCGGCGGCGCCGACGAGGAGGACAGCACGGAGAUCAUGCGCGCGAUCGCCGCGCUCUCGCCCCUCGAGGAGGACCCGAGCCCGGCCGGCUCGACGCUCCUCGUCCCCAGCGCCGUGUGA